GUCUUCAUUAGCCAAGCAACAAUGUCAAUUCAAAGUGAGAACAACUUUACCCUCAAUGAUGAUGUUAAUGGUCCUGUACUUGCUGCUGUGUUUGCCACUGAGAUGAUUCUAGCUCUGAUAGCUAAUGGUGUGGUACUACUCAUUACAAUCACUCAGAGGAAUUCCUGGAAGCAAUCAUCAACAAUAUUCUUCACUUCUCUCAUACUGGCACAUCUUGUAUUGAAUCUACUGUACCUUCCUUUCACUAUCAUUGCAUUAGCUGCUGGUGAGUGGAUCUUUGGUAGUACAGAUGAGGAGAAGAGAGAGACAUGUGACUUUGUUGCCUAUACACUGUGGUACAGUAUUCCUGUAAUCACCAUAACACUAGCUGCUAUAUCAUUUGAUCGGUUUCUCUUUAUUGUCAAACCACAUCUUCACAAGCAGUUCAUGAGACCCUGGGUAGCACUGACCCUCACCCUUGCCAUAUGGAUACUGUCUGCUGUAGUAACUUUUACUCCAUUUAUUAAAGGGUCUGGUGCUGCUUUUAUAUAUGAAGGGAGCCAUGGUACAUGUACAAUAAUAUUGCUGGAGCUUGAAUUUGCCAUAGUUUGCUUUUUGGGAUCAUUACUAGUAGUCAGUAUUAUUGUUGUCACCUCAGUGUGGACCUUCUGCUUUACUCGCAAAUUCAUACACAAUCAGUCAGAGAUAGCAGGAGACAAUGUCUAUGCAUCUAGAAAAAAGAGACUGUUUGGAAUAUUUGGGGCUAUGCUAAUUGUGUAUGGGUUAUGCUUCACUCCUGGUAUCAUCAACUAUGCUGUGGUGCGAGUAAUUUUUGUAGAUGAUAGAAUAUAUUUGGCCAUCGUCAUCUCAUUUAUUUUUGUCACUGUACUAAGCCCCAUUGUUCAGUCUUAUUUCAGACCAGAAAUUAAGAAUAAAAUUGUUUUUAUAUGUAGGAAAAUUUUACAAAAGCCUCCUCAAAGGGAUAGAGUCAAUUAUCCUGUGAGUUCUAAUAACAAUUCAUCUGGAAGCAAGACAGAAAUAAACCGAAUAGGUACCUCUACACAGUUAACAAUGAGUUUGGAUAAUGCAUUGAACACUGAGCAUUCAUCAACAACUGUGGUAUAAGGAAGAUUUUUGAACUCAAUUAUUAAUAAUUAAUUUUAUUAAUAGUCUUUUUUAUGUGUAUUG